UCUCUCUCUCUCAGAUUAUCAAACAUUAUUCCGGCUCCCUCCUCUCCUCUCUUCCUUCUCGUCUCUCCGGGGUUUUUUCCGCUCCGGUACCGGUUCGGCGGCCCGCGGAGGUUCUGCAGCUCUUCAUCCUGCUGACGUCAGGUCAACGGGGAUCUGCUGAGGCGUUCAGGUUAAUCGGAUUAUGCGGCUCUCCCCUCCGGCCCCUCCCUGUCCAUGACGGCUGCCAUGGAAACCCCGUUCUACCACGACGACGCGCCGGCGGCGCCCAGCUUCAGCCAGGUGGCCGAGUACGAGCGCUACCCGGGCGGGAAGAUGCUGAUGAGCAAGAAGGCGGCGUCCAUGGGCGGCGGCCACCACUUCCUGGGCGGAGGCAGCGCCGCGGCAGGAAGGAGCGGUAACCACGGCAACCUGGGCCUUCCCGGCAGCAGCGCCCUGAUGGCGCCCGGCUCUUCGUCCGCGGCGGCGGACAUGAACCUGCUGAAGCUGGCGUCCCCGGACCUGGAGCACCUGAUCAUCCAGUCCAAUCAGGGCCUGGUGUCCACAAGCCCCGCCUCCGGCGCCGCCAACCCCUUCCUGUACCGCAGCCAGGCCACCAACGAGCAGGAGGGCUUCGCCGACGGCUUCGUCAAGGCGCUGGCCGACCUGCACAAGCAGAACCAGCUGGUGGGCGGCGGACACGUGUCCCCGUCUGCGUCCUACCAGAGGAACCUGAUGUCCGGCGGAGACAUGCCCGUCUACACCAACCUGAGCAGCUACACCCCGGGGCAGAUGCCCUACGCCGGGGGGCAGAUGGGGUACGGCGGCGGCCCGCAGACCCACGGCCGCGGCCCGGACGCCCCUCAGACCGUCCCCGAGGUCCCCCACCCGCCCGGCGACCCCGCGUCCCCGCCGUCCCUGUCCCCCAUCGACCUGGAGACGCAGGAGCGAAUCAAAGCCGAGCGCAAGAAGCUGCGCAACCGCAUCGCCGCGUCCAAGUGCCGCAAGCGGAAGCUGGAGCGGAUCUCCCGCCUGGAGGAGAAGGUGAAGGUCCUGAAGAGCCAGAACUCGGACCUGGCGUCCACCGCCGCCAUGCUGCGGCAGCAGGUGGCCCAGCUCAAGCAGAAGGUCAUGAGCCACGUCACCAACGGCUGCCAGAUCGCCGUGGCGACCGGAGCCGCCGCCAAGUCUGGAACCGGCAGCGAGGACUCCAGCUGCUGAGCGGGAAGACACCUGGACGACACCUGGAAAGGUGAGGAGCCGUCGGCCAAUCGGAUCGCAGCGGAGGCGGAGCCAGACGAAACAUUUCCGGUUUGGGAUCCUUUAAAACGGCUCCUGGGAUUUAUCCGACCGUUUGGUUUUCCUGACAGGAGAUUUUAUUUCAACAUUUUAAGGAUUAAAACUGAAGAAACAUGAAAAUAAAAACUCUGCAGUUUGAAGACAAUUUUCCAAAAUCGAAACAAAAAACUUUGUAAAAAUGUUUUAAUUUCCAUAUUUUAACAGUUUUCAUCCAAAUCCAUCAUAAACUGUCAUUUUCUCUUCAUAUGUUGUUCAUGAUAUUUGAAAUCUUCUCUGCAGUUUUGUCAGUUUUUAACAAAAACGUUUCCUCAUGUUAAAAAACAAACAUUUAAACUUUUCACCUCCAGUUUCUGGUUUGGAAUCGGUUAAAAUGACCGACUUACAUUUAUCAUAAAAUCUGAUCAGAUGUUUUAUGUAACGUUGAAGGUUUUGGGGGAAAACAUGAUUUUCAAUCUUUCUACAUGAAAAUAUUCAUGGAUGUAAAUUUAUUCAGACUGUUGGGGUUUUGUGGCUGAGCAGGUAAAAGUUUUUUAUUCUCACUUUAUCCAGAAAAUAUUUUCUGAGCUGAACUACGAACCUGCAGCUGGUAGAUUUUAUUUUAUAGACGAACGGUUUGAAGGGAAAUACUGGAAUUAGGAGCUAAAUUAGAUUUUUUAGAAGUGAAGUGAGGCGUCAGGUUCUGUUUAGAAUAAAGCAGAUAAAUAGAUACGAUGAACCCAGUUUGGUUUCAGAUUUGGCCUCUUUAACGUUUUUAAAGAUUCUUGGGUUCAAACUGAGGGUUAAGUCAGUUUUUAGAGGAUCUUUUAUGGAUCUUUGGAUCGAUGCUGAAUUUUUCUGUCAUGUUUCAAACAGGACUAAACUGUAAGCUCAUUGUUGACUGUAUGAAAUUAAUGAUUUGCUUGUUUUCUGUUGUCAUUAUAAGCUACUGCUCCAGUUUUUAUAAAUGUUUCUGAGUCCUGCAUGGAGAUUUCUACGACAUUUAAAUAAUCUGCUCCUCCAGUUUCAUGUGGUUUCAUGGAAAUUCACGCAAAUUUAUCUGAUCCUGCAACAAAAUUAUGACUUUACUGUAAAUUUCCUACAAAACUAGUCAAAAGCGUUGUUUAAAUGAUGCUACCUCCCACCUGCAGGUGGCAGUAGCUCUUUCUUCUACUUGAUGUUCAGUUUGAGGUGGAUGUCACUAAAUUCUGC